UUCAGGAGGGAAGGAGGGCAGGCAGGCAGGCAGGCGGGCAGAGGGGGGUCCAUCCCGGCGCCCUAAUUUAACAAGUAAAAAGCUAAAUACCUCUUCCCCAUUGCCCAUUGCCCAUUGCGCAUUCUUCAUUCAUUCUUCAUUCUUCAUUUUUCAUUCUUCAUUCCUUAUACUUCAUUCUUCAUUCUUCGUCUCAUCCCUCUUCAUCAUUCGCCUUCUUCUUCCUCUUCUGUCAUCUCCCCUUUCACUUUCAUCCACCUUACCAUCCCUAUCCAUCGCUCCACCGGCCUCUUCCUCCCUCCCUUCUUUCUAUACACCGUUAUUUACAGACACUUUGACACUUCUGCGUUGUUGCACAGAGUCAAGAUUGCUCAACACUUCCCUCGGUACCCAACUAGCACACACAACACAACCACGCUGCUCGGAAACCAUUUAAAUGAUCCUGUAGUAACUGUCAUGUAUCUGCACCUCAUCCCUCAAUGUCAUUCCCAAACCAUGCGCACGACACCCUGACUGUGUCCACCCGCUCGGCCCCUCGCAGUCGUCGCAGGAGUCACUCGACAAGCGAAACAUACAACCACACCACUGCAACUGAUAACGCCAUUCUUGGAUCCAGCAGCCACCCGCCCCCUCGCCUUCACACUCAACGACAGCAGCAGCAUCCAAGCAUUAACACUACAGCCAGGACAGUCAGCACGCCCUCGCAACAGGCAGCUCCUCAUGAUCUGACGACGAAGACUCAGGAUCAAGAGCAUCGCUUCCAUAACACUCCGUCUUUACUUCCGAACACCGACGGCAGCUCGGGCUCAUCCCCUCUGGAUCUCAACCGUCAAUCCUCACAGGCGCAGCAGAGUGAAGGGGCGGUCAACGAGGGUGCAUCGGAUCAAUCUGCAGUGAUAAGACCCAGGCGACCUCCCCGGCAGCGACCGCAUCGCUUGUUGCUAGAUCCCACAGCGUUCGAAAACAAUUAUCGCGUGCUUCCCCUCCUCAUUGGUUGUAUCAUUCCUGUCUCGAUUCUAAUCAAUGUGCCCUCAAUUACCUCGCCCUGGGUUGGGAUAGCAACGUACAAUCAGACAGGCCAGGACUGGGAUGAUAUUCAAGCUAUUAGCAUCCCUCGCUGGCUCGACGCCAUGAUCAUCCUUGCACUCGUCAUGGCCAUCAUCUGCAACAUCUGUAUCCUCUUUCGCUUCCUCGAACGACGCAUCUGGCACAGUGUCAUUCUCUCGCUCAUCACUGCGACCCUACAGGAUAUUCUUUGUAUUGGCGCAGUUAUCCCAUUCUGCAUACUAUAUCCGCCCAAGGACUACGUCUACCUGGAAGGCUUCUGGACCAUGAUUGCAUCCAUGGUAUUUUCUCUUACUGCCACGGUCCUCAUGUCCAUCGAUCUCCACCGGACUCCAAACUUUAGGCUACAAGGCUCCGGGGUCACACACAAGCAGCGUAUCCUGAUUGCUGAGGCUAUGUCGCUCUGCUUCUACUUGGCCAUCGGGGCCCUGAUCUUUAUCUAUUUGGAGCAUUGGACAUUCCUGGAUGCACUGUUCUUUGUCAUGGUAACGAUCACGACAAUCGGAUUCGGCGACAGGACGCCAGCUACAGCUGGAGGCCGUGCUUUUGUCAUCUUUUAUGCCGCUGGAGGUAUUGUCAUGCUGGGUCUCGUCGUGAAUUCGAUUCGAUACGUCAUUUUGGAGGAUCUACAUCGCGAGUUUGCUACUCGUACCAAAGACCGCAAGGCCAAGAGGGAGGCAAGAAGGAUCGAACGGAAGGAACAGCGCGCCCGGGAGGAGGAGGGCCGACAACGCGUAAAUGACGCGCUCGAGCGCAUUCACCAAAUGGAAUCUGUAGGCAGAGUGGAGGAGCACACGGAGUCGAGCGAAAGCAAUCAGUAUCACUCGCACUACUUCACACAUUUUCCACGCCACUUUACUCUUUCUCGACAACACCAUCCGAGGCUGCCAGCCAUUUUCACGCACGGUCCAGAUACGUCUGAGAGCAAAUCGGUUCAAGGAAUCGAGGAAUCGAGGGUGAGUAAUUCGGACUCGACUUUGGGAGACGAGUCGAUCGAGAUGUCGCGAACAGGCACAGCGCACAAACCAUCCAUUGACAGUGCACCUGUGAAACCGCAGCACCAAGAUACCAGCGUCGCCUUCCAGGAUCCACGCCAUCCCACACGGCAACAAACCAGUGGGAGCGUCGACGCCGAGGAAUUGCCCUACUAUACGACCUUGGAGUCUCGUCCAGUGCAUGGCCCUGGCGAGAACAAGCAUUGGUGGCAAAGAAUUUUCAAGAUUCAAAAAAAGACUCCACAGUUGGUCAUUCACACACUAACGCCCAGUGAGCAACGAGAGGAGGACAGGAAACAGUCGUACAGGGAGACCAUAAAGGAGUACCGUGGCCGACUUCGAUUCAGUGCCCUCAUGUUUAUGAUCUUUUGGAUCGUUGGAGCCAUCAUCUUCACGUUCGUCGAGUCUUGGGACUUUGGUUCGUCCAUGUACUUUGUCGUCAUUGCCUUCACCACUAUCGGAUACGGCGAUUUUGUGCCCAAGACCAUCGCCGGACGGGCUAUCUUUCUGGCCUACUGCUUGCUAGGGGUUGUAACGCUGACGUCGUUGGCAUCUUUGAUUGCCGAAGUCCUGAGCAAGCGCAUGAGGAAGCACGUAGUUGAGUCCCAGAUGAGGCGAGUGGAGCGUAUUGAAGAGGCCAUUGACGAGACACACGAAUUAGGCGGAAACGAAAACGUGGGGCUCGAGGAGGGGUUGCAGCUACAGAAUGGUGAUGGACUCGAGAGAGGAAGGGUGCGAGUCCUCAGCGAUCUAGUCGAAGUCGAGCACGAAGAGUCUGAACCGAUGGCUGUUGAUAAUACAUGCCAAGGUAGUCUCCAACAGCUGGUCAUGGUCUCCAAAAUCGUUGACCAGUUGCUGCAAAAGGUACUGGGCAUAGACUACUCGGAGGAUGAGGGCCAUCAAGGACUUUUGGGGUGCGAACCGCCCCGGUUACCACUCCACACACCAGGAGCGAUCUUGAAUUACCUGGAAAAGGAGGAGGACGCAUCGGACACCUAUUUGAGUCCGUCGAUCUCGAGAGAUAUCACGUCCACCAGCUCGAUCCAUAGAAAUUCGAUCCGGCCCCUGAUGCAUAAACGAAGGCAUUCGGUUGAUCCCCGCUCGGAUUCGUACUGCGAAACUACCAGCACAUCGUCUAAUGAUACUCCACAAUUCAAGAUCACAGCCUGGCCAGCGGCAGUGACGAGCACGCCCGGGGUCCAUUCAUCGGACACAGACCGAGUACGUGCUCCUUCCCCGGCACUCGCCUUACCAGCAUCCGCGACUGGGCCAUUUGCAGGGCACAGGCACCACAGAGAUGGCAAUAUCACAGUCUCAGCAGUUGAAUGGCAGCACUUGAUCGACUAUGCAAAACAGUUCAAAGUGCUGGCAGUAGCUUGUGAAGAAACCUUGCAAAAGGUCAUAGCCUGGGAAGAGUCUGAGAAAAAGCUGCGCCAACGACGUCAUGAGGCCCGUCUUCGCCAGAAGCGUCUUUUGGAAGACCGUCGCCGACAAUUGCAGGAGCUUGAGGAAAGCCGAGCGGGCGUCGACGGCAAUGCGACGGAUGAGGACCUUGAUGAAGAGGAAGAGCUGGAAGAGUUGGAAGAUUGGGAUGAAGAGGGGAGCAAUGAUGACGAGGAAGACGAAGCUUUGGAUCGAAGACGAAAUAGGAUAACGACCUCGUUGCUGGGUUUCUCAAAGCCGAUACACCGGAGUCGGAGCCGGAGUCGGGGUCGGAAUCGGCAACCCAGCACCACACGGGAGGAACCUGUGGUGGAGCUAAAUAACCAGCAGCCGCAACAAUCGCGACAAUCGCAGCCACCGCAUCAACAGCAUCAGCGACAGCGCCCUUCUGUAUCUCUCGCCUCGAAACUGCAGGCCCGUCUGAGAAGCCAAGACCGGAAGAGCUUCCAAAGACAGGCACGAUCGAGGAGCCGCCCGAGAGAUUGUGAACUAGGCCGUCGGCGUAGUGGGGAUGAAAGCGAGUAUCGAGGUAAAAACCGUCCUGCUGGACAUCGUCCACAAGUGCGAGCACCCCAGAAUAGCGAUCCAAGGACUUCAACUUCUUUGGAUGCACAUUCUUCCCGACCUUCAGAAAGCGAGAGUGGACCUCACCCACUGAGGACAUCCAAAGACGCGAUUAUUAUCUCCUCACCAUCUUCUUCAUUAUGAUAUUUGUAGUAUAUAAUUGCAGUUUCUGUAAUAUACCAUUUGACAUUAGCAUG